CUGUCGCCUAAUGCUCCGCGCAUCGGGAUCGUUAUUGCUGUCGGCGUCAUGCCUGUUUGCCGCGGAGGGAGACCCCUGUUAGGGGCUUUUUUAAGCGCGAGCCGCUCGUGCUGUGGAAUGUACCGUUAUUCCGCGUGAAACGUCCCGCCGCCGCCGCCGCCGCGCGCGCACCGCACGUUCCGCUCUGACGGAACGUUAGUCGUUAUCUCUCUGACGGGGCGCGUGCGUCUGGGAAGCAGGUGUCGUCUGCGCCACCCUAGCCACCCCUGCGUGCGCCAUCCGCGCUCCCGAGGACGCCCGAAGAGACGCACGGAUGAAGGUGAUGGCAUCGCCCGCAUCCCCGCUUCUCUGGACUCUGUGGUCCUUCAGCAUCUUCGCUGCAUCUCUUCAGAGUGAUUAUUUCAGCACACAGUUCCCAAGUGCAGGCAGUGUAGAAGAGGACCCUUUCCAGCCGGUGGCCUCGAACGAGAUGGUGCCGGUGGGCGGCACGGUGACUCUGACCUGCAGGGUGAAGGAGAGCGACAACUCGACGCUCCAGUGGACCAACACGGCACAGCAGACGCUCUACUUCGGGGAGAAAAGAGCACUGAGAGACAACCGUAUUCAGCUGCACCGGUCAACGCCCACCGAGUUGUCCAUCACCAUUUCUGACGUGCAGCUUUCCGAUGAAGGGGAAUACACCUGUGCCAUCUUCACCAUGCCUGUCCGGACAGCCCGCGCUACUGUCACCGUCUUGGGGGUCCCAGGGAACCCCCAGAUUUCGGGGUACGAGGACCCGGUGCGGGAGGGGGAAACGGUUACGCUCACGUGCACCACCACCAGGAGCAAACCGCCUGCCAAUAUUCACUGGUUCCGGGGCAGCGAGAAGCUGGAAGACAUGCCGGACCUGGUGGAGGAGGACCCGGAGGACCGCACGUUCCAGGUGAGCAGCAAGCUGGAGCUGCAGGUGACGCAGGCCGACAACGACGCUCCCGUGGCCUGUGUCGUGGAGCACCCCUCGCUCGCCCCAGGGAACAAGAGGACCGAGCAGCGCCUCAGCGUGCAGUACCCUCCCGUUGUGCACAUCCGGCCCGAGAGCGAUCUGCCCCGGGAAGGAGAGAAGUUCCACUUGCAGUGUGUGGGCGUCGGAAACCCUGAGCCCACCUCCUAUGAGUGGGAGAAGAAGGACGGAGAGCUCCCCCCGCUGACCAAGGUGGACGGCAGCUUCCUGCGCUUCGAGCUCCUCAACAAGUCUGACAACGGGGUGUAUCUGUGCCAGGCCAACAACGGCAUCGGCCAGGGCCAGGGCGAGUACACCCUGCUGGUGCAAGACACGGCAGACAGCGCUGCAGACCCCACAGCAAUGUCGACCUCCUCGGGCGUGGACCACGCCGUUAUCGGCGGAGUGGUUGCGGUCAUCGUCUUCAUCCUCCUCUGCCUUCUCAUAGUCCUGGGCAGGUACCUCAUCAGACACAAAGGGACGUACCUGACCCACGAGGCCAAGGGUUCGGACGACGCGCCAGACGCCGACACGGCCAUCAUCAAUGCCGAAGGAGGCCACUCCGGAGCCGACGACAAGAAGGAGUACUUCAUCUAGAGGAGGAGGAGGGGGGCCGGGUGGGGGGUGGGGGGACGAGUCGGAACACCUCCAUUUCUCUUCACAGCUCCAGUUCUUCACGACAUCGCAGGAAGUGCAACGGGGGGCGGGGGAGGGGGGGGGCAACGAAAUCGAAAAAGGUUGAACUGAAGGCAAGAAGUUUUAAAAGGCUAACGUGACCUGGACAAACGCAUCAAACGGGAGUGCGGAGCUGCGCACACACACACACACACACACACACACACAAAAGUAACAGGGGUUUGGUGGUGUGAGGAUGUUGUCAGCGGUGGAUACUGUGACGCCACACAAGCCAGAGGGGUCCAGCAGCACACAGUACAUCAGUAACAACAUGUGCAUUUACGGAAUGGAUUCCAGUAUAAAUAUAUAAAUAUAUAUAUAUAAAUAUUUAGCAUCGUUUUUACUCCACAGAAAGGUUUUGGUGUGCUGUAAAUACACUUCUCUCCUUCCUUCUCUCCCUCCCUCUCUCUCUCUGUAUGUAACACUGUGUCUGGUACUACAGUAUAUAUUCUAAGGCCUGCCUGUUUUUAUUACAUGCGUGCAAAUGCUCAGUUAAAAAUAAUCAAUAUCUGGGAAAAAAAAAAAAAAAGAAAAAGAGAAAUGUUCUAAGCGAAACUAAUUACUGCAAAGAUUUGUAUCGAUUCCGUUUCCUCGGGUUCUUCUGUUUUUGUGUUGCUGUCGGUGUCACAGUUUACAGUGUGGGUCUUUUGGUCUCUCUGGAAAGACAUUGGUUCUAAAGUUAAAACUGUACUUAACACCUUUAAUUUAAUUUUAUUAUUGAUGGUCAUUAUUAAUUGUACUAAUAGUGAUUACUGUUUAUUAUUUAAUAUUGUUACUGACCAACUUUUAUACUGGGCUUUGCGAGGGAAGUAUUAGAAAGUCCCGCAAAUCUUCUCAGACCUGCGUGGUGCUGCACCCGUGACCCCCCCACGUUCUGUCACGGGUGUCCCAGUGGGGGGGUGCAGCGGCCGUUGCUUCGGUCUGGUACUUUUCACCGCUCCGUUACCAUUAUCAUUCGAUUUGCUUCCUCUGACUGUUCCACAGCAUCUCCUGCUUCCAGAAUGUACCGGCUGCCCUUCGGUUGUCCUCUUGAUUCUCCGUGUCGUGACCCAGGGUCGAACCCGCGUGUCUCUCCCACCCCACGUGUAACUGGGCACUUGACUCUCCUCACUCUGCUCUCCCGGGGCAGCUGAUAGUGUAGUGUUUAGCGCUGCUGUCUUUGAACCCAGAGGUUGCAGGUUUGAUU